ACGAUCGCAGUUGGCGUUGCAGUUUGGAAAUGCAGCAGCUUGUUUCCUCAGUGGUGCUAAUGCUAUUGCCUCUGAUUCAGUUCACCUUCCAGUGGUGACUGGUGAGCAUUGUCAACUACUACUACUACUACACAUAGCUCUCGUCAACAAUCACUCACAAUUCACAAACCCCAAAAUGCUGCAACCCCGAUCUCUACGCCCUUACAUUUCCCCUCUCUCCUCCUCCACCAGCGCCCCCUCCUUCUCCUCUUCCCCAAACCCUAACACCACCUUCCGCCAUGCCGCCACCACCAUCAACGACGGCGACGACGCCAAUAACCGCCACCCCGCCAGAUCCCUCAACAAAAACCCUUCCUCCUUCUCUCAUAAUUACCGGAUCGCCAUCGCCCUCGUCCCCUCCGCCGCCUUCCUCCUUGACCUCGGCGGCACCACCGUCAUCUCCGUCCUCGUCGUCGGCCUCAUGAUCGCCUACAUCCUCGAUUCCCUCAACUUCAAACCUGGUGCCUUCUUCGCUCUCUGGUUCUCCCUUCUCUUCUCCCAGCUCGCAUUCUUCUUCACCUCCUCCUUCAACCUCUUCACCACCUUCAACUCCUCCAUUCCCCUCACUCUCCUCGCCUCCUUCCUCUGCGCACACACCACCUUCCUCAUCGGCGUCUGGUCCUCGCUUCAAUUCAAACACCUCCUCCUCGAAAACCCCUCCGUCGUCGUCGCCCUUGAGCGUCUCCUCUUUGCCUCGCUCCCUAUCUCCGCCUCCUCAAUUUUCACUUGGGCCACCGUCUCCGCCGUUGGGAUCCACAACGCCGCCUACUACUUCCUAGCCUUCAACUGCUUCUUCUACUGGCUGUACUCCAUCCCUCGCCUCUCCUCCUUCAAGUCCACCCACCGCGACCGAUUCCACGGCGGCCAGCUCCCUAGGGACGCCUUCAUCCUCGGCCCUCUCGAGAGCUGUGUCCACUCCCUCUACCUGCUCUUCCUCCCUCUCGUCUUCCACCUUGCCUCCCAUUACACCCUCGCUUUCUCUUCCGCUGCCUCGUUCUGUGACCUCGUCUUGCUCUUCUUCAUCCCCUUCCUCUUUCAGCUCUAUGCUUCCACCAGGGGCGCGCUCUGGUGGGUCUCUGAGAACCCUGCUCAUGUUCACCAGAUUCGCCUCGUCAAUGGUGCGGUGGCCUUGGUCUUCGUUGUCAUUGCCUUGGAGGUCAGGGUGGUUUUCCACUCGUUUGGGAGGUACAUACAGGUGCCACCGCCUCUGAAUUAUGUUCUCGUCAGCAUUACCAUGCUUGGAGGUGCCGCUGCUGCUGGUGCUCAUGCCAUGGGCUUGGUCUCCGACGCACUCAGCUCGGUCGCUUUCACUACUUCCACUAUAGUGGUCAGUACUGCCGGAGCAAUUGUUGUGGGAUUCCCCGUACUGUUCCUUCCCCUGCCUGCAGUUGCUGGUUUUUAUCUGGCUCGAUUUUUUGAAAAGAAGAGUCUAGCUUCAUACUUUGCUUUUGUUGUUCUUGGGAGCUUGAUGGUUACAUGGUUUGUGAAGCACAACUUCUGGGAUUUAAAUAUUUGGAUGGCAGGCAUGUCCCUUAAAUCUUUUUGUAAACUAAUAGUAGCAAAUGCUGUCCUGGCUAUGGCUAUUCCUGGUUUAACUCUUCUACCUUUGAAGUUAAACUUCUUAUCUGAGAUCAGUCUGGUAAGCCAUGCAUUGCUCUUGUGCUACAUUGAGAACCGAUUUUUCAAUUACUCCAGCAUUUACUAUUAUGGAUUUGAGGAUGAGGUGGUGUACCCUAGCUACAUGGUUGUGAUGACCACUCUAUUGGGUUUGGCUUUGGUUAGAAGGCUAUCUGUGGAUAGUCGAAUUGGAGGCAAAGCAGUUUGGAUAUUGACUUGUCUCUUUUCUUCAAAGCUGGCCAUGUUGUUUAUUGCAUCAAAGUCUGUUGUUUGGGCUUCAGCUGUUCUCUUAUUGGCUGUUUCUCCUCCAUUGCUUCUUUACAGGGAUAAAUCAAAAACAGCUUCUAGGAUGAAACCAUGGCAAGGAUAUGCACAUGCUUGUGUAGUUGGCCUAUCUGUAUGGUUUUGCCGUGAAACAAUUUUUGAAGCCCUCCAAUGGUGGAAGGGAAGGUCCCCUACGGAUGGUUUAAUUUUGGGCUUCUGUAUACUGUUGACCGGAUUGGCUUGUAUUCCAAUUGUUGCCAUUCAUUUCUCUCAUGUUUUGUCUGCCAAAAGAUGUCUGGUGCUAGUAGUGGCAACUGGUCUACUCUUUAUUACGAUGCAGCCACCUAUUCCGUUGUCGUUGACUUACCAGUCAGACUUUAUCAGAACUGCCCGUCACACUGCUGAUGAUAUCUCAAUUUAUGGAUUUAUUGCUGGCAAGCCUACCUGGCCUUCUUGGCUGCUUAUUAUUGCAAUUUUGCUGACUCUAGCAUCUAUUACUUCUAUCAUACCCAUUAAAUACAUUGUAGAAUUGAGGACAUUUUACUCCAUUGCUAUGGGGGUUGCCCUUGGUAUCUACAUUUCCACAGAAUACUUCCUCUGGACAGGAGUUCUGCAUGUUCUCAUUGUUGUCACUAUGGUCUGUGCCUCUGUUUUUGUUGUCUUCACUCAUAUGCCCUCUGCUUCAAGCACAAAGCUUUUGCCCUUGGUAUUUGCUUUACUUGUGGCUCUCUUUCCAGUGACUUAUCUAUUGGAGGGCCAACUGAGAAUUAAAAAUAUUCUUGAAGAUAGUGAGAUAGGAAAUUUGGGUGAGGAGGAGAUGAAGCUGACAACAUUGCUAGCUAUUGAGGGUGCCAGGACAUCUCUUCUUGGUUUGUAUGCAGCAAUCUUCAUGCUUAUAGCCUUGGAGAUAAAGUAUAAACUUGCUUCAAUUAUGCGGGAAAAGAUUGUUGAUUCAGGUGGAAUUAGAAAUCAUUCUGGUCAAAGUGUAUCUGCUAAUUUCCUACCAAGAAUGAGAUUCAUGCCGCAACGUCGGGCUGCUACUGUUCCCUCAUUUACAAUUAAGAAGCUGGCUGCUGAUGGAGCCUGGAUGCCAGCUGUUGGCAAUGUUGCCACAGUAAUGUGCUUCGUUAUAUGCCUGGUCUUGAAUAUUAACCUUACCGGUGGCUCAAACCGCUCUAUAUUUUUCUUGGCUCCUAUCCUGUUGCUGCUUAACCAGGAUUCAGAUUUUAUUGCUGGUUUCGGGGACCGACACAGAUAUUUUCCUGUGACUGUUGUCAUCUCAGGUUACUUCGUUUUAACUGCCCUCUACAGCAUAUGGGAAGAUGUUUGGCAAGGUAAUGGUGGAUGGGGUCUUCAAAUCGGUGGGCCGGACUGGAUUUUUCUGGUGAAGAAUUUGGCCCUCCUCAUUCUUACUUUCCCCAGUCAUAUACUUUUCAACAGGUAUGUAUGGAGCCAUGUAAAGCAGAGUGACUCACCCCCAUGGAUAACCUUGCCUCUUAAUCUGCUUCCUAUCGCAUGUACAGAUGUUCUCAAGAUUAGGAUUUUGGGUAUCUUAGGAGUUAUAUAUUCCCUGUCCCAGUAUCUGAUUACCAGGCAGCAAUAUAUCACUGGUCUAAAGUACAUCUAAAUGAUCAUAUACUCUGUGUACUAUAUGUUUUUUCAAUUUAGGUAUUGAUGCUUUUUCGUAUCUUGCCUAAAUUUGUAUGAGGAACGCUGUGAAAUGCAUUUUUGUUGUUGAUUA